AAGCGCAAAUCAAAAAAGCCUCAAGACAUCGACGACUCAACUCUCGAUGCUGAAAAGGGCAUCAAUACCUCGAUCGGUCAGAUGGACAGUGGUCUGCUAGCAGAUUACAUUGCCCAACGAACACGCCGAUUCCAACCAGACUUGAGCCUAGUUGAAGCCGAAGAUUGGAGGUUACCCGAAGCCAGCAUAGCGGACAGCUCAAGCUUUGAGAAAGAUCGCAUCACGGACAACCUGCCCGAUUUCUUGGAAGAAUUUGCAGUGAAGAAGAGCGGGAAAAAAGGAAGCAAAGGUGAUGGAGUCAGCUGGGCGCCCAAAGAGAAGGGUUCACCUCAUACUCUUGUCGUGACAGGCGCUGGACUACGCGCUGCGGAUCUGACGAGGGUGUUGCGGAAAUUCCAGACGAAAGAUGCAAAGGUUGCGAAGCUUUUCGCUAAGCACAUCAAGAAGGCUGAAGCGAGUGAACAAUUGAGCAAGGACAGGAUCAAUAUUGGCGUGGGCACUCCACAGAGGCUCAUGGACUUGUUGGACGAGGGUGCCUUAUUGGACAAGAAGCUGGAUCGAAUUGUGGUGGAUGCCAGCCAUAUCGACAUGAAGAAGAGGGGAGUGCUGGACAUGAAGGAGUUGCAGAUUCCGCUCGUGAAGCUGUUGACGAGGAAGGCGUUCAAGGAGAGAUAUGGCAAUGGGGAAGGCAAGAUUGAACUCUUGUUUUAUUGAGUACCUGUUUGAUCUCCUUCCCAUCUCUCGAGACCGAGGCCAGGCCCUCGGCUAGGGCAGCGUGAAUAUCGUGAAGCG